UCCAGUCAAAGGUCGUUGAACGUUUCAAAAUGAAGGUUACAGACAGUAAUGUGAUUCGCUUUCACCUUCAAGUUAUUUACGGGAUUACCGUAAAGACCUUAGAGAAGAAAAAGGAGAGACCGUGCAUCAGUGGUGCGAAGAUCUUUGGUGUUUCUCUGGAGAAUUCACACCGUCAGUACAUUCCUGAGUUUGGACUGGUGCCCUGCUUUUUGGUGAACGCUUGUUCAUUUCUACUGGAGCGUGCUGGGACUGUUGGCCUGUUCAGAAAACCUGGCUCUCUUCCUCGCAUUAAGACCCUAAGGGCCAAGCUGAAUAGAGGAGAGGGUUGUUUGACCACAUCCCUCCCCUACGAUGUUGCAACGCUCAUCAAACAGUUUUGCAGGGAGCUGCCGGAGCCUUUGUUCCCCUCUGAGCUUCACGCUGCCUUGCUCAAAGCCCAGGCGCUCUCCAGCCCACAGGACAGGGCCUCAGCCCUCCAGCUGCUGUCCUGUUUGCUACCCGCCAGAAACUCCUCCUGUCUGCAUUACCUGUUUGACUUCCUCUCCAAAGUCUCCCAAAGAUGCUCUGAAAACUUAAUGACCGGCUCCAACUUAGCCACAGUCUUCGCGCCGUGUCUUUUACCGCCUCCCAACAAGGACGAGAUGUCUGAAAGGCGACUUGAACUCCGAGUUCUUGUCUUGCGCACCUUCAUUGACAAUCCUCACUUAUUCGGUGUGAUUCCUAAAGCUGUAAUGGACAGCAUGGAUUUUCUGAUUAACUUCCAUUUUCUGAAAGAUCCAAAGAGAGGUCGCAGAAAAAGACACAGUCUGAAAGCGAUGUGGUCUGUGAAGACCGUGCCCUGGAUUCAAGGGGGUUCCAAGGACAGACCUCCAGUCUCUGAGCAGAGUCAAGAGUCCACCUCAGGAGACAAAGUACCGCUCAGGAGAAGCCUCGGCCUCGAGACUUUCCCCAAUAUCCUGCUGUUCAGAACCUGCGUGCCUUGUGCAGAACAAGGUUUCAGACCUGCAAGAGCUCUGUUAGAUGGUCCCAGCCCUGUUGGCAAUGAGGCAUGCAUAACCCCACAAAGACCAGCAAGAGAUCUGCGAUUGGGUCAUUUCCAGAGGUUCACCAGAGCACAGGAUGCUGACAGCGCUCCUGUGCUCACUGGUGUCGGGAAACUACAGUUCACACCUUGGAGUCGACGCAUUUCACUGUAA